CCUCAGGUCACCCUGUGGCGUUCAAGGAGGUCGUAGUUACCCGGUUUUUAGCUGCACUCACUGGGCUCAAAGCCUUUAUUUUAUUGCCUGCUUCAUUCAACCGUUUUGUUACCAUAAGUAUGCUGGCUUUUUGAAGGAAAGAAAUGGCACAGAAAGACACUAUGCUACAUCUUUUUGCCGGAGGGUGUAGUGGAACAGUGGGAGCCAUUGUCACCUGCCCACUGGAAGUAUUGAAGACACGACUGCAGUCCUCUGGCCUCACUCUCCGCCCAGUCCUCCAAGUUCAGCUGGGCACCCUGAAUGGCACAGGAGUUAUCAGACCAGGAACAGUUACACCUGGGGUACUACAGGUUCUACGAUCAAUUCUACAGAAUGAGGGGCCGAGAUCAUUAUUUCGAGGCCUAGGACCAAACCUUGUUGGUGUGGCCCCUUCAAGAGCUGUUUACUUUGCUGCGUACUCUAAGUCUAAAGAGGUGCUCAAUGGAGUCUUUGUUCCUAAUAGUGGAAAGGUGCACAUGUGCUCAGCUGGUACUGCAGCUUUUGUUACAAACACGCUGAUGAACCCCAUUUGGAUGGUCAAGACCAGGAUGCAGCUGGAGAAAAAAGCCAGAGGGGAGAAGAGGAUGAACGCCCUGCAGUGUGCCCACUAUGUUUACAAAACAGAAGGGAUCCGGGGAUUCUAUCGAGGCCUGACGGCAUCUUACGCUGGCAUUUCUGAGACCAUAAUUUGUUUCGUUAUCUAUGAGACACUGAAGAAACACGUCGAAAAGAGCCAGUUUACGUCUCCAAACAGUGGGAAAGGGAAAGGGGCAUCAGACUUCUUGGGUUUGAUGAUUGCAGCUGCUUUUUCAAAGGGCUGUGCAUCGUGUAUAGCCUACCCCCACGAGGUCGUCCGGACAAGGCUGCGUGAGGAGGGCAGCAAGUACAAGUAUUUCUUUCAAACACUGAGGAUGAUAGCGGCAGAGGAAGGCUAUGCUGCUUUUUAUCGAGGACUCGUUCCACAGCUAAUUAGGCAGAUCCCCAACACAGCCAUCGUCCUCGCCACGUAUGAACUCCUAAUUUACCUGAUGCGAGACUCGGCAUUAAAACCUGUGUGAAGUUCAGGAGAUGUGAGGAGCUACAGAUGACCCACGUGCAGAGACAUUUGAAAAUGUAGUGCAUUCUUUAGUGUGGCCUACAGAGACAUUGUGGUUGGACUGAAGCAGAUUGAACUGUUAUCCAAAGAGUUAAACUCAUUAUUUUAUUGAACACGGCACAAGAAGAAAAAAAACUCUUAAGUUGUGGUACUUCUGACUCCAAACCUGUGAAAACAUUCAGCCUCUUAGAGUACGAGUGUUAACUAAAUUAUUUCCUUUUUAUUUACAGUAGUGCUUUGUUUUCUUUGCAGUCUCAGUGCUAAAUGUCUCAACAAGCAGGUUAACUUAAUUAUUUAAUGAAGGGUUAAAAUUCAAAAUGCUGGUAAUACUAUUCUUGAAAUAUUGCAACCAUGCUGACCAUGACUAUUUUGACAUUUCUGUUUUACAUAGUAAGUUUUACAUACAUAGAAAGUGUGUGGAGAUAUAUACACAUAUUUAAUAUAAUUUUUCCCCCCUUGUGAUCUAUA